GGCCAGCGGUGGGCGGUUGCCACAGCUGGUUUGGGGCCCUGACCGUUGGGGCCCCUUGUCAGGAGGAGGCAGCCUCCCUGCCUGGGAGGAGAAGUCCACUGCCACCUCUGGCAGUUGCUGCGGUCCCCUUGGACAAUCUACUUCCUGCCUUCAGUUGCGGUCGAGUUGAUCUUCCUCAUUCAGGUCUAGAAAUUCGACUUUUGAUGAUGGUCGACCCUGUAGCAGCAAUAGAUAACGUGAUAUCAGAGCUGGGCUCAGCCUCCAUUUCUGCCUUCCUGUAGUCACAAAGCUCAUUUUGGAACAAGACUCCAAUCAUGUCUGUGAUGGUGGUGAGAAAGAAGGUGACACGGAAAUGGGAGAAACUCCCUGGCAGAAACACCUUUUGCUGUGAUGGUCGGGUCAUGAUGGCCCGGCAAAAGGGCAUCUUCUACUUGACCCUCUUCCUCAUUCUGGGGACAUGUACACUCUUCUUCGCUUUUGAGUGUCGCUACCUGGCUGCUCAGCUGUCUCCUGCCAUUCCUGUGUUUGCUGCCAUGCUUUUCCUUUUCUCUAUGGCCACACUGUUGAGGACUAGUUUCAGUGACCCUGGAGUGAUUCCUAGGGCCCUACCUGAUGAAGCAGCUUUCAUAGAAAUGGAGAUAGAAGCUACCAAUGGUGCGGUUCCCCAGGGCCAGCGACCACCACCUCGUAUCAAGAAUUUCCAGAUAAACAACCAGAUUGUGAAACUGAAAUACUGUUAUACAUGCAAGAUCUUCCGACCUCCCCGGGCCUCUCAUUGCAGCAUCUGUGACAACUGUGUGGAAUCCUUGAAAAUUGGCUUCUUGGAGACGCUGAAAGAAACUCCUGGAACUGUUCUAGAAGUUCUCAUUUGCUUCUUCACACUCUGGUCUGUUGUGGGACUGACUGGAUUUCACACUUUCCUCGUGGCUCUCAACCAGACAACUAAUGAAGAUAUCAAAGGAUCUUGGACAGGGAAGAAUCGUGUCCAGAAUCCCUACAGUCAUGGCAACAUUGUAAAGAACUGCUGUGAAGUUCUGUGUGGUCCCUUGCCCCCCAGUGUGCUGGAUCGGAGGGGUAUUUUACCAUUGGAGGACAGUGGAAGUCGACCUCCUAGUACUCAAGAGACCAGCAGCAGCCUUUUGCCACAGAGCCCAGCCUCAACAGAUCACAUGAACUCCAAUGAGAUGCCAGAGGACACCAGCACUCCGGAAGAGAUGCCACCUCCAGAGCCCCCAGAGCCACCACAGGAGGCAACUGAAGCUGAGAAGUAGUCUAUCUAUGGAAGAGACUUUUGUUUGUGUUUAAUUAGGGCUAUGAGAGAGUUCAGGGGAGAAGAUAAAUCUGAGACAGAACAAAUAAGCUUUUACUGUUUUUCUUUGGUCUUUAAUCACCCAAUUGCACACUGGCAUUUUCUUGCUGCAAGCUUUUGAAAUUUCUGGACUCAAGGCAGUGGCAGAAGAUGUCAGUCACCUCUGACAACUGUACAAAUGGGUCUCUGAGGCCCUGGCACUGGUUUUCCAUGGCCUUGGUCAUGGCACCUCCCUGAAUUCCCCUUUCCUCCCUUCAGAUCUCAGCUUUCCUGCUUGGGGGUCAUUGGUCUCAUUCUGGGGCUAAAGAUUCUUGAGACUGCCUCAAAUCCUUUUAAGCUGGUGCAUGUCCUGAGUCCAGAGGCAGUCUCAGAGACCUCCGGCCAGGGAAUCCUAAUUGGGUUCUUGUUCCUUUAGCAUUGAUGAUGGUUGAAGUAUGAGGUUGGAGGAUUCUUCUGGCCACAAAUGCAAGCAUUGCCAGCCAGUCCUUUUAGGAAUAGAGCAGGUACCUUCUACUUAUAUUUAUUCGUGUAGCUUCUUUCUCCUCAUCAACUUUCUAACAUCCAAUCCUCACUCUUCCCCACUAGAUAUAUGUAAGUAGUUGUAGUACAGAUAACAGUAUUUACAUUUCUUGUAGAUUCUCCAGAAACUUCAAUACCUGUGCUAUUCUCAAUAAGAAUUGAUACGAUGCCAACAGCAUAGCCCCUCAUACUCUGUCUCAUCUCUCUUCCUUUCUCAUUAGCCCACUUUACUUUUAUUCCUUUGACUCUUGCUCCCAUUAGGAGCUGGAAUGGCAGUAAUAAAAGUCUGAGCUUUGGUAUUCCUUUUCCUCAGAGGAAGCUCAAGUGCUCACUUAAACACUACCCCCUCAGAUUCCUUGUGUGAGGCCUGCAAUGGUCCUAAAUGCACAAAUGGGGAAACCAAGGCACAGAGAGGCUCUCCUCUCCUCUCCCUCUAUGUCCCCUGAAAAAAAAAAGGUUAACCAGUACUUCCAUUAAGCCUCGGCUGAGUGAGGGAAAGCCCAGCACUGCUGCCCUCCCGGGUAAUCCACUCCAAGGCCUCAGCCCACCUCGGGCAAUGGUAACCACACUAGGGGCUUCCUCCAAGCCCCACUCUUCCAGCACUUCCACCGGCAGAGUCCUAGAGCCACUUCACCCUGGGGGUAUGCUGUGGCCCCCCCCGGUCAGCUCUGCUCAGGACCUGCACUAUUUCAGGGAAGAAGAUUUAUGUAUUAUAUGUGGCUAUAUUUCCUAGAGUACCUGUGUUUUUCUCUUUCUAAGCCAGGGUCCUGUCUGGAUGAUUUACGGGGGUUGGGGGUGGGGCGCGGGUGUAAACCAGAACUUUUAAUCUAUUUGAAGGUGAUUAAACUGUGUCUAAUGCAAAUUGCCUGCCUCCUCCUUCCCCUUCCAUUUCAAGAACCACCACGGGGUUGUGAAUGUGUUUGUGUGUUGGGUGGGGGGCGGGGGUUGGAAGGGGUUGCUUGUUACUAUCCAUACUUUCAUUUUCCAGGGUACCUUUGGGUUAGAGAGAUAGCUCUCAAACUUUCCAUUGAUCUGUAACAUAUUCUGGGCCGAAGUUUAUCUUAUUCUUGACUAUGAAGAAAGAACUUUGAAGCAAUAUACAGUGUGAACAAGAUCAGGUGGUAGAGAGAUUAUAAUUGUUUAGGAAAAGUUCUUAGGUUGAUGGACACUGUUAAUUGCAAAUAAAACUUGAUUAUUAAAAAAGGCUCACUAGGUCCUCACCUUGGAAAUACUUCAUUAGUGAUCUUUACAAGUGAUAGUAUAUAUUUCUUUUCAAAUGGUCUGUUAUCAAGACUCCUUACCAACUUCUAUCUUACUCUUCCCAGUUAAUUGGAAUUGGUGAAAUUUGGCUGCUCCCAAAUUUUCUCUUGUGUCUUCCGGUUUUCUUUGUAGUAGAAUUUGAGUUUAGCAUGA